GUCGGCUCCGGCUCUGGAAGAUCUUCAGCCGAAGGACCUGGUCUUCGUCGGAAGUGCCUUUCUCUGUGGGGAGAGAUCCCUGGCGACCUGCGCGCAUCUCUUCGAGGGGAGGUGGCCGGCGGUGAGGUCGAGAGGCCUCGUCCUCCGAUUCGGUGAAGGCCUAUGGAUGACCGCCCGACUGCAGGGGGCGGCGAAGAGUGUGGAUGUGGCAGUCUUGCGGCUCCACGCAGGAGGAGGAGAAUCGCCAGUAGGGCCACUCGUAUUCUCAGAGCGGCUGCCAAGGCAGGGCGAGCGUGUGGCGGUCUGUGGCAUGACGCAGUUUGGGACGGAGGUCAUUGGUCUGUCUGGCCUUGUGAGCCAGCCGAGGAUGAGACAGAAGGGCAGUUGGUGUAGUGGUAUCACACCCGCUCAGCAUGCGGGAGGAUUCAGGAAUCCAUGGCUUCGAAUGAAGGGGCCUCAGGAUCCAGCGACGCGUUUCGUGCAGCUGGCCUUACCGACGCUGCCGGGUAUGUCUGGCUCGCCAGUAUUCGAUGCCGACGGCAAGGUGAUCGCCAUGGUGGCGAAGAAGUUCGAGGAGCAUGGGCUGGCUAUUCCUGCAGACAGGGUGCGAAUCGUGAUCCAGUGUCUCGAGGCAGGCCAUGGAUGGCUUCCUCCCUUACUUGGUUUGGAGGUCCAGGAAAGCGGUACGCUGCUUGACCCUACUGUGGUCGUGAAGGCAGUCCGUGGUAGGGGUGCCAUCGCUGCUGGAGUGCAGGUCGGCGAUGAGAUCUUAGCCAUUGGCCAGACUCCUGUUGUCGAUCUGCUGAGCAUGAGGGAGGGCCUCAGCGCCUUGGGGGACUCGAGAAGCAGGCGUGCUGGGCGGUGUAUGGAGGUGAGUCUCGAGACCGAGCGUUCCACCCCCAAGGCGGAG